AUGAGCACAAUUACAAUUGCAAACCUAGUGGAAGGUCCCGUGUACGAUGUGCUGCCACCGGGCUCAUCCCCGCCGGCGGUAAAGGACUUCACUUUUCUCGUACCAGGAGCAUCCGACGGAAGGGACAGCUUUUUGAAAGUUGGACGCCUCACUGAGGGGCUCUUGCAGAGCCUGCUAGACAAACUGGGACUCCUGGGCGUUCGCAAAGUUCGCAAUGUGGAGGCAUGGAGGGACAACUCGUCUUCAGCUGUGGAAGACGGCACCGAAGAAGCCCUUACGUAUACGCGCCUUGCUAAGGCAGAGCACCCCGCAGCAACGGUGCGCACAGUUUGCACCAAGGUUUUUGUGGAUCCUCUAUUGGGCUGUGACAUCUUAAAAUUAGACGCAGCAGUGGUGGUGGCAGAGCCAGACGGCAAGCUCAUCGCAUAUUUGGCAGAGUGCAAGAAUGUACUGUACACCAGGACCCUGACGGAGGUCGAUUAA